AUGCAUCGUUUACGCUACGCAAUUGCCACUGGAAAACUGAGCGAAGGCCGCAUCGGCAUCGCUGCUCAGCAGUUAGGAAUCACGGAAAGUGUUUACCAUCACGCAACGCCAUAUCUUUUUCAGUGGCAACAGUUAGCUGCUAUUGGUGACUUUCAGCGAUGCCAGCAUGCGAAAAUAGCGGUGGAGCUUGCAAGUGCUCGUCUACUUGUCUACAACGCCGCUCAACUCAAAGAUGUCGGUCAUGAUGUUGCUCAAGCGUCCUGUAUGGCGAGGCUGCACGCGUCUCGGGUAGCAGAGCGGACCUCUUCGCGGUACAUUGAGCUGUUAGGUGGCGUGGGAGUCCCCAAACAGCUCAUGACCGCGAGAAGUUUUACCGAGACUGCAAGGUCGGCACCAUCUAUGGCAGCAAGAGCAACGUUGAACCGAGCCUAUCGCACGAUUAAUAAAGCAGGAGCUCGUCUAGAUUUGACUGACCUAUACUAG